UCCCCUGCGGGGCUCCGUAAUAUCAUCUACUAAUCUGAUUCCAAUUAUAUAUUUUUCUUGUUAGUAUUCACGUCCUCAAGUUUACCCCGUUUCGAGUGACCCGGUCACAGUGAGUUCUUAAAAACUGAGAUUUACGAGUGCACCCUGAAGCCAGCGCGAGCCAUCUGCUGAGCGCGCGCACAUCCGUCUGUCGUCAGUGACAUGAUAGGAAAGAAGUUUGAAGCAGAUAAAACACCUUUUGCAGCAGUAUGCAGCGCGGUAUGAAAAAGACUGCCUUUUCCAAGCAGCGAUACUAAAGACGGCGGGAGAGCUGCUUUCUAGCUGUGGAGCUACAUUAGCUACGUGGCUAUGCUGUUAGCAUCGUAGUAGCUGUAAUUGAACUGAAGGACAUCAUUGAGUGUGUGCUAUCACAGAGACCAGCGAAAUGACCUCAGCUUCUACUAAAGUGGGCGAGAUCUUCUCUGCAGCAGGAGCGGCCUUCACCAAACUAGGAGAACUCACCAUGCAGCUUCACCCAGUGGCAGAGUCCAGUCCUGCCGGCAGUUUGACAAAGAGCACAGUGAAGAGGAAACCAUAUGAAGAUGGAGCUACGCCUGCAACUUCUGACAGUCCAAAGAAGGUCAUCAAGAAAUCCACUCUUGCUGUUGCCAGAGCAUCGCAGGGCCCCCCAGCUGUUAUCUCUGUGUCCACAGCUCAGGUUGUCAUGGCAGCAGGUCUCCAGGGUCCCCCCUCCAGCCAGCCUCCUCUGAAGAAACAGAAGACUGCAGAUGUGACCCUCAGCGCUCUGAAUGAUUCGGAUGUGAACAGCGAUCUUGUGGACAUCGAGGGACUCGGUGAGCGAUCCAACUCCAAAAAACUCAACAAUUUUGAUCAAGAUACUCUGAACCUGGACUCAAGCCUCAUUAUGAACCCCAGCGACCUGCCUCUGCUGUCCCGCUGAUCCUCCUGUAAACGUCUAGAAAUGAUGAAGAAACACUUGAAAUAAUUUGUAAAAAUCAGGACUCGUGUUUGUAAGCAGUGGAUGCUGAGCACUAGGAUGAACAGCAGUCAGAAUGUGUUGGUGAUGAAGUUAGUUCUAGGCAAGUUGGCAUAAUGUGUGACCUUGUGUAAUUUUCGUUUCCUUAAACUCUGGUUGGAGAAACAUUUAGAAUAUCCCACUUUAUUUAUUUAAGUUACAUUUCAGCAGAAAAACCUUGGCUUCACUGACAAAAGAUAACCUUUGCAAAAGUUCUCCCGCUGCGGACGCAGGACAUGUGUUUUUUAAACAAAGUUAAAGCAUUUACAGAAACUCAUUAAAAAGCUCCUCUAUAAUUUCCACUUCAGUGUCUCCAAAUGCCUUUGCAAGAUUCGAUUUGUCAUGUUGACAGCAUAAUUGCUGGCAUGUGUUACUAAUGUCUUUGACGAGCCAGUGUCCUGAGAAAUCCACAUCUCACUUUUGGCAGAUAUCCGUGGUUAAAACUUUGACUGUACAGACAUGGCAGUAACAACAUGAUAAAAGGACAUCUCAACUAACUUUACCAGGAUUUCUCUGUAGAGCUCUGAAACACAACUGGUUUUCCACUAAACAGAAUGACACCAGUGAGCUGAGACAAUGUGGAUGAAUUCCAAUUGAAUAUCAGAACCAGACUUUGUUCAUCCCAAAGGGACAAUUAAGAUACAACAGAGCAGCAUGACGUUAAAGACAAGGACAGAGCAUAACCAGGCAAUAAGAGUGAGAUAAUAAAUACACAGAAUAUACAGUUUUAAAAUUAAAGUGACUGAAUAAGUGACUAAAAGUGAGUAAAGUGUUGGGAAUAUAAAAGGAGAUAUUGCAACUCUCCAGCAUCCAUAUCAAGCUCCUAUUAUUCCAGAUUGGAGUCUGGAAGUUGAAACAAUGUAACAAAUGAUGAUUUUAAUUGUCAUUUUUUCUGUAUGUAGAAACUGUCGGUUUUUGUGUAUUUUAGCAUUUGACAGCAUCACGUAUGUUUCAUGCUGUUUAAUCUUUUCUUUAUAUUCAUGUGAGUGGAACAUAAAGUUAAGGUGAUAGAAGAUUUAUUUUA